UUUACAUGUUGCUAAUAAAGUAGUACAUAAUGGACAUUUUAGAUAUUUUCUUAGAUUCUUUUUGAUAAUCAAAAUAUAAUAAAAUUGAGUACGCAUGAUCCACGCACGAAAUAUUCUGCGUGAUUUGGGUAAAACGCACACAUCAGAAUUGCCCGAGUGGCCGAGCCACUAAAUCACCACUCAACCAAGCGCAUCCCCACUACGAUCACACACCUACACACCACCAUCGGACGUCCAUUCUGCAUAGGCUUCCAUCUUGCUGUCUGUCCAGCCCAUGGCGACCAGUGUUCCGGCACCGGCAGGCCCCGUCCCGUUCAAGGACGUUGAGAACAACAUCGACCUGCAGGUCACCACCGUGCCAGCGGAGAGAUUUCCAGAGGAGCACGAUGACGCCAUGCUGCUGGUAUCCGCGUUGCCGAUCAAGCUCGCAGCCGGCACCAAGCUCAAGCUCCGCUGCUACCAGGGCUUCUGGCUGCCGGAGCGCUUCGUCCCGGCGGCUGCCGCCAUGCAGCGCCGCCUCGUUCCCCGCCCCGACGACGUCGUCAUCGCCAGCCUGCCCAAGUGCGGCACCACGUGGCUCAACGCCCUCGCGUUCGCCACGAUGGCCCGCCGCUCCUACCCGCCCGCCGGCGCCGACCACCCGCUCCUCCGCCUCAACCCGCACGAGUGCGUCCCUUUCCUGGACGCCCUCCUCGCCGAAGGCGGCAGCAGGGAGGCCCGCCUCGCCGCGCUCCCGUCCCCGCGCCUCAUGUACACGCACAUGCCGCACGCCAUGCUGCCGCGCGGCUUGAACAAGGUCGUGUACAUCUGCAGGGAGCCCAAGGACACGGCUGUCUCGCUGUGGCAGUUCCGCCGGAGCGCGCACCCGGAGAUCCCGUUCGGCGACACCUUCGACUCCGUCUGCGACGGCGGCAGCACGUACGGCCCGUUCUGGGACCACGUCCUCGGGUACUGGCGCGCGAGCGCGGCGUGUCCGGAGCAGGUGCUCUUCCUGAGGUACGAGGAGCUGCUGCGCGACCCCGCCGCGAACGUGAGGAGGCUGGCGCGGUUCGUCGGCGUGCCGUUCUCCGAGGCGGAGGAGGAGGCCGGCGCCGUCCGCGGCAUCGUCGAGCUCUGCAGCCUCGGCAGUCUGAGGAACGUGGAGGUGAACAGGACGGGGCUCAUGGACGGCCUCGGGUUCCCGCGCAAGGCGCUGUUCAGGAAGGGCGUGGCCGGCGACUGGGCGAACCACAUGACGCCGGAGAUGGCGCGCCGCAUGGACGAGGUCGUCGCCGACAAGCUCCGCGGCACGGGGCUUACUUUCCAGUGAACCCAGAGAAAUCUUGCUGUGUAAUCGACCAUUGAUUCAGUUGUAUUCCUCGCUGCUUCGAUGUUCACAUACUCAAAAAUAAAGAUUCACUGUUACAUUGUCCACCUCAUAAA